AAACAAGAUAGCUAUACGAAAACGGCACUAUUAUCACCUAAUUUCCAGCCCAGAAGGGUGUAGAAUGUUGUUGUGUAGAUGUACAGUAGUGUCAUAGUGUAGUGUAGCCAUAUAACACAGUGUUUUGGAUUAUAAGCAACCAUGUGGAUACAACAGAUACUUGUUGCUGUUUUGUGCAUAACCUGUACAGUACAUCAAACUAGAGCUGUCGUCAACAAGGCCACGUUUCAAGAUUCAGCUGUAAAUAAUGUAAACUCCAACACAAACGAAGAUGCCAAGAGUGGAGAGGCAGAUACAGCAACUGCUGAAUCGAAUCACGAGGCAAACAAAAGAGAUGCUCCUGUGUUAUCAGAUUCUUAUGGAGUGCCGAUAUCACCAGGUUCCUUGAACUCUUACGGACCACCACCACUCCCAGCACCUGUUUAUGGAGUACCCAACCAUCCUUCAAACAAUAUAGUUUAUCCUCCACCUCCUCCAGAUAUACCCCCACCAGUAUCGACGAGUUUCGUCAAUAGCAACAAUUUGGAUCUACCAUCUGGUAGUUAUGGCGUUCCAAACGGAAGACCUGGAAUUCCUUUCGAGAAAUAUGGCCCUCCAAACUCCAUUUCUGCUGACUUCGGACCUCCACCUCCACCACCAAUCAAAUACGGACCACCAAAAUUACCCAAACCAUUCAUAUCAAAGCCAUUCAAGCCAAGACCAGCUUAUGGUCCUCCAAAGCCACUGUUCACACCAAAAGGUCCAAAACCAAUAUAUGGCCCUCCCAAGUAUUACCGUAAACCCAAACCAUCCUACGGUCCCCCAAAGUUGACCUAUGGACCUCCAGGUAUCAAUUUAGGCCCUAGCUACUUCAACAACGGACCUCCAAAGAACGUUUAUGGACCUCCCAAAUAUGUUAUAUCUUCUCCGCAUAAUCAUUACGGACCUCCAGACCCGGUGCCUCAUCCACCUCCACCAGGUGUGCCAGCUCCUCCAACUCCACCAGAAAUUAAGUACGAUGGCUGGAAACCCAUUCCUGGAUUGGUUUCACGACCACCAUCUGAUAGUUAUGGAGUGCCACAUGGACAACCUCAUAGUAGUGGAGAUCUCUUAUUGAAUAUCGAUUUCACUCCACCUCCUGUAGGUGGAAAUGGUGAUAAUCAUAUUUCCAUCGAAUCGCACUCGAAUGUUAAUCUCUUCGGAUCUUCUAACAAUGGAGGAGUUAGAGAUUCCUAUGGAGCACCCUUGAAUGCGGUCACUGGUUCAGGACAAAUUAUAACAUCUGCAGUACCUACGAAUGAUCAUCAUGGUGAUAUCAAAUUGGGACUUUCUGCGGUAGGUGUCAACUCUGGACAGAAUGAUAAUCUUGCAGUCAUCAAGAGUAUUGGUUACGAAAUAUUGCAACAGUCCAAUGGUCAAUAUUAUGUUAACAAUAACGGAGGCGCCCAUUCCAAUAGUCAAUAUCAUGUAAACAACAAUGGAGGCUCCCAGUCCAAUAGUCAAUUUUAUGUUAACAAUAACGGAGGAGCCCAGUCGAGUUCUUUGAAUGGUCAUGAUAUCCACAGCGACUCUUUAUCUGGAGGCAUCAGCAACGCAUUCCUUUCUGGUGGUGAUAUUAAAUUCGAAGGAGCACUAAAUAAUAACUAUUUGCCACCACAAUCAGGAAAUAUCAUAUUAGAUACCUACAGUGCUCCUCCUAGUGACUCUUAUUCGAUUUCAGGCCCAUACGCUGCAGCUCAUUCAUACAAGUCUUCCGGUCUGUCAUCUUCCAAGUUCAAUUCGUUCAAACAGUUCAAAAAGUAUCCUUCCUACAAACCUGAAGGCGGUUUGUCAAACUCGGCUACACAUGGCGGAUUAGUUCCUCCUAGUGGAUAUUACGGCAUUCCUCCAAGUGGCCAGUAUGGUACACCGCUAAUUGAUACUGGUUCUUUCUUGAACGCUCUUGAAAUAAAUCCACCACAACGUCCAGUUGUACAUAGAGAGCCUGUACCUCAUGGAGUUCUUCAGUCGUUAGAUGGUCGUGGUCAUCACCACAAGGACGCUAAAGGUCUAGUGCAUAAUAUCCAUCUUGCUCAAUCUUCACAUAAUAAUCAAUUCAACGCUGCUUCUACUUAUAUUCCACCUCCAGUAUCAGAUAAUAUCAAGCCAGUCAAUGAGAAUAUUCCUCAUAUUUCAACUGAUUUAAGUUUACCAAGCACCCAUACUCAUACAACAUUCAGAGAUAACUCUGUAGCUCAGUCAGAUUCUUACUCACAUGCACUCAAUAUCCAAGGAGUUCAAAGUGCAGCUUUGACAGGUUAUCAAUUACCUUCAACAGGGGUUGCCACAAGUUAUCAGUCAUCUUCUAAUUAUCAAGCUCCUGUCAAUGCUGUUGAAGGUUUGUACGGAGUUCCAGUGACAUCAUUUGGAAUCGUUCAGGAUAGCUCACAUUCUGAUUCAUCACAUGGUAUCAAUAUAGCAUUGGCACAUAACCAAGGCUUAUAUCCUUUCGGUUACGCUGGUAUUCCUCAUGACUGUAGUGCUUACAAGUCGCAACCAUUACCUGAAAUAACUUAUGGAACACCGCAACAAAAUGGUUAUUCAUCUUCAUUGUCGCAAGUUUCGAAUAUUGGAGGAAACUAUCAAGGUCAAAUAAUCCAAGGUACUUACGGAGUACCAGACCUUCAGUCUGCACAUAGUCAGAUUGUUGCAAGUGAUCAAACUGGCAAUAAUAUCGAUAUAAAUGAUAAGGAAUCAUUUGCUAAAAGCUUGGUACCUGGUGCUGAAGUAAUCCCAUCACAAAGUAUUGAUUUCCAUAGUGUACCAAUUCAGGUUCCGAACACUUACUCAGUUCAAAUUCAAAACAGUGAAAAUACCCAUAGUGACAUCUCCUCAGGUCAAUAUUUGAAUGACGCUCUUUUACAGAGUGUUUUAAACGCUGUGGAACAGACCAAAACCAAUGAACAGAAUGCUCGAAGCAAUCUCCAGGUGGUUGCAACUGGCCCUGGCGCUGUUCAUCAGCAUCUGGACCUGGAUACUCAGCAUUCCAUAAGGAAUGAGGUUUACACUACUUCAAAUGCAUUGAACGGAACUUCGAGUCAAUCUGAAGAACCUGAUUCACUACCAGAUGAGAAUCCACUAUCCUUGAUAGGAAAUGAGGAAAUAGCUCUCUAUUUCAACAAAAAUAUAGGACAGGAUUUAAGGGCGAAUGAGAAUGUCGAAAAUAAGGAUACUAAGUCAUCACAAUAUGAUAAUUUUGGUUUUCAACAAGAAUCUCAUUCACUUCAAUCCCAGAAUAAUACGACUGAGAUAGUUUGAAAGUGAAGAAUCCUCGAGGUAUUCUGCAAUGAGGAUUUUAAUAGUGAUAAACCGAAAAUGGCCAUGCCAUAUUUGAUGUGCUCAUAUGAUUUAAUACGUAUAUAAUUUAUUUUAUAAUGUAGUAAUUUAUAAUGUACAAAUAUUGUAGUGAAUAGAAUGAACAAUUAAAAUAUAAGGAAUAAUAA